CAAGUCACGAGUGCCUUUAAUUAUAUGUCUAAUUGGUAAAAAAAAAACUGAGUAUAUAGACGUUUAUAUUGUUAUUUAAUGUCGGAAAAGACUUCCCAGAACACCAAUAAACAUUCUGCCUCGUCGGUAUCAGAAGAUGUCAAAUUAAGCAAACAGAAAGAUUUGAACGGGAUAAGCAUCCAAAGGUACAAAGAUGAAACGAAUCGUCAGCAAUUCGAGUACAAUCAGAACAAAAAUGUUUUGUUGCGUUCAAUUUACGUGUUACAGGAUCUCCUAAGCGAGUUGAAUGAAUACGUGAGCAUGCAGAAUUGCAUAUUCCACAGCGUUUGGAGGUCCUCUGAGCAAGCAAAAUCAACAUUUUCUAAUGAAAUAUUCGAGGUCGAGCUUCCGAAGAUGAGUAUUUUAACCCUUGACUUGGCUUUGCAUGCUAAAUCUGAGGCUGAUGAAAUAAUCAUCGGCAGGCUUGGUUCAGAAGCGCAUGAAUCCUUAUUGAAGGUGUAUUUUGAAAGAGUUAAUAAGCACCUUUUUUCCCUGUUUUCAAGAGUGGAAGAUACAUCGUCGAAAGUUUUAAUAACGGGAGACCUAAAUGCUGGUAAAUCUACUCUUUGUAAUGCACUUGUUCAUCGCGAUAUUCUCCCAGAAGACCAGCAGCCAUGCACAGAAGUAUUUUGCGAAGUUUUAGAUGCAGAAUUCAAUGAUAAGAAGGAUUGCGUUCACGCUGUGCCACAUGGUAAAACGUAUUCAUUUACGGACCCUUCUACUUAUGUGGUGUUUCCUAUUGAAGAUUUGAAAAGACUUGUUUAUGAGACUGAACACUGGUCGAUGCUGAAGGUUUACAUAGAUGAUGGACGGCCAGCUUAUGAAAGUUUGCUACAUAAUGGGAUCACGGACAUUGCCCUUAUUGAUGCUCCAGGUUUGAAUACUGAUUCGAUGAAAACUACAUCGGUAUUUGCUUGCCAAGAAGAAAUCGAUGUUGUUGUGUUUGUCGUAAAUGCAGAGAAUCACUUUACUCUUUCAGCAACAGAGUUUUUAAAAAAUGCUUCUACUGAAAAGUCACAUAUAUUCAUUAUUAUCAACAAAUUUGACAAUAUUAGAGACAAAGAAAGAUGCAAACGUCUUAUUUUGGAUCAAAUUCAAAGUCUCUCACCGGAAACAUAUGCUGAUGCUAAAGAUUUAGUUCAUUUUGUAAGCUGCCGAAUCGCUGCGGAUGCAAGCCAAAAGGAUAAUCCAAUUUACUCAUCAUUCUUUCAAAUGGAGAAUGCCUUACGAACCUUUAUUUUAGAAAAUCGUUCCAAGUCAAAAUUGGCUCCCGUUCGAAAGUACCUAGUCGGAUUGCUUUCGGAUUUAACGGGUAUUUGCGAUUACAAUAUAAAAUGUAUGGAUAGAGAUUUGGGUUUCCUACAUAGCAAAAUUUCAGAUCUAUCACCGAAGUUUCGAACAUCAAAGCAUCAAGAAUCGCAAGUUUAUCAGAAAGCCGAAGCUCUAGUGGAGUCUACUGUGCAGUCCGUAAUGCAGCAUGCACAUAUUCAGCUUGAAACGGCAAUUGAAAACCUCAAUUCAUUCUCUAGUGUGAAAUAUUCUGGAUUCUUGUUUGCCUAUAAUUAUGGCGUUUCUGUCAGAAACGCUAUGCAACAAUACCUUGAGGAAAUGCUUUUGGAAUCGGAAGAGUUUGCUAGAGCGAGAACCAGUGAAACCGUUCAACAUAUUCAAGAAAAUAUGAAGGAGAACUUUUCAGAUGCCUUGAUCCCUGUUUUCCGCUCUCACCAAAUGUUUGUACGUCGACAUCAAUUACAGUUACGAAAGCAUUUCCGCUUUGAGUUAGGGAUCUUGGACUUUAUAGAUCUGGACCUUACAGAACGACUUGGAACUUGGAGUGCAUCUGUGAGUACGAUACUUUUAGUAUUGGGCAAAACGACUCCAUCGUUCACUGUUCUUACAAGUUUGGUAGAAAAGUUUGGUCUUUCAUUCUUCGAUUUUUUUAAAACCAGAACCUUGCAAAAUUUGUUAAUUCCAGUCCUAGGGUUGACUGGAAUUGCCGUUCUGGGUUAUGUGAUUUACGAUAUUCCUCGGGCGUUACCUUUGAAAAUAUCGGAGAAAAUCAAAAGUUCUUUAAGAGAAACAGAAUUCUCACAUAAUACGAGUUUAUGGAUAGGUACCGAAAGUCGAAAAGUUUUGAAUGUUCCAUUGAAUGAUCUUCGCAAAAUGUUUCAACAUCGAUGGGAUGAGCAAAAGGAAACUAUUGCAAGCACUGAAAAUGAGCUAAAAAUAUGCCAAAAGGCCCAUAAAUUUUUCUCAGAGAUGAACAAACGCUUACAGCAAGUCCAAAGAAAGACCUUAACUGUCCAAUUGGAAGGUUGUGAGAUGAAAUACUAAUGAUAAGAAAACAUAUGCGAAUAUUAUAACUGCACUAUCUACCAAAGCUUUAAUUAUGCUAAUACUUCUAAUACGAACUAAUCAACCCCAAAUCUCAAACACGAGCUCCAUAAGAUAGCUUAUUACUUAUCGAGAAGUAAUUGAUUUUUUUGUUUUAUAUUAUAUUCAAAGUUCUUUAUGUUGAGUAAUAUACAGGCAAAUCAUUCCUUCCUUGACAAAACUGUUUUUGCUUUGAACGUAUGAAAGAGGCAAAUUCAGUUGAAAAGCACCGAAACCGAAUGAAACGAAUGACAUAAAGUUUGCUAUAUAAGUUCUAAAGUAAAGUAGGUUCCUGUUUAGUAAGU